AUGCCGAAGGUCUAUGGCGUCGGGACGUACGAUUUCCGGCGUCACAGGGUUGCAGAGUACCCUGUCCCCGGCCAGGCGGCGGCCGGCAGGGAGGCGGUGCCGGAGGUGGCGCCGCCGCAGGCGCCGGGGGCCGCUCUGGCGGGGUCGAUUACGCUCUCCGAGAUCCAGCGGGACAGGCUGACGAAGAUCGCCGCCGCCAACUGGGCGAAGGGCGCGGAGGCGGCGGCUGGGGGGCGGGAGUUUAAGCCGGAGCUCGUGAGGGAGAUUUACGAGACAGAGCUGCUGGUAAGUGAUGGGAGGAAAACCGUGCCGCUUCAGCGGGUGAUGAUCCUGGAGGUGAGCCAGUACCUGGAGAACUACCUGUGGCCGCAUUUCGACCCUGAGACGGCGUCCUUCGAGCACAUCAUGUCGAUGGUGCUCAUGGUAAAUGAGAAGGUACGCUUGCUUUUGGUAAUGAUCCUGAUUCUCUCUAUCUUUGUUGUUUAAAUCGGCAUACUCUACAUUAAUAUGUUUAUUCUGUUCAAGUUUCGGGAAAAUGUAGCGGCGUGGAUUUGCUUUCACGACAGGAAGGAUGCGUUCAUGGCUUUCUUAGAGCGGGUUCUUCGUUUGAAGGAACAGGUGCUGUCCGACACUUUCAUCAUUUAGUCCGAAACUUAUUCAUUUGUUUUUGAACUACUCUUCUUUCUCUAAUUGGAAGUUUCAGAUGUAGCAAAGUGAGGGCUUUCCUAUGUUGUUUUAUGGUAAGGCGACGCGAAAUUUACCGAGUGGAAUAGAAUAUCAGAAUAGAAAGUUACCUGAAAACUGUCCUCGGUUGAAACUAGGGAUUCUUAUUGGCAUCAAGAAUACACUACAUAGAAAAAACAUAAUUUUUUUUGGUAGCCUUAUGUUUUCGGUAAACCGGAAAGGGUUGAACUGUGCUAAUUUCAGCCAACCUUGAUGAAAUAUAUCAGGAUAUACUGCAGCCUUCCUGCUAGCAGAUUAUGUCAUAUGACCGGUGAACUAAGUAUAUGAAAAAGCUGAAUGCUAGUUGUUGUCUAACUGCUUCUUAACUACUUUCAUUACAUUUUUUUUUGGGAACUAUGCUCUUGGAUUUAAGUCUCCAGUUCAUUUAAACCUAUGUCCUUUCCCGUAUGCAUUCACCUUCCUCUAGAUCCCAAUAGAGUAUGUGGUUGUCCUCCAUUGCUAGGUCGUUUAUUACCUUCCUCCCCAUUGGUCUUUUUUCACCACAUUUCAGCCAUUAGCAUUGGCGUGGAUCCGGAGAGCAACUGAUCCUCCUCUCCUAGAAUGUUCUUGAUGUCCAUUUUCCCCUGGGUAUUGUGAGAGUCAGCCUUUUGUUUUUCCCAUAUGAGGUGAUCAGUUGAAAGAGUGGGCGAGAUCACUUUGGAGUGAAGAAGGGAACCACUUGGUUUUUAGUUUUGGUCUAACGCCAUAUGAAUGAUAUAUAAGUUGUUUUUUUGAGAGUAUACAGAUCAACCACUCGUACAUAACCCCCUUAUGUUUUUUUUCCUUUUUGUGGAACCGACACUUUCUUGAUGAAAAAAAGAAAACUUUAGCUAAAUCCACUACCAAAGUUUGCAUACUUUUUGGAAGCUAUUUCUACUCAACUCUCGUCCGCUUUUCUUUGUUAGUAUCCGUCACAUAGCCUGAUGGAGAGUAUGACCUUUUUUAUUUCAUUCUGACUCUAGUAGGCAUUUGGUUGCUUAAAAUCAACUUUAAUUGAACUCUGGCAAAUUGGAGUGAACAUCCAUCAAGGAACCGAGUCAAGCUCUGGAAUGACGACUUUGAAUGUGGUUUCUUUGAAGGUGUGAUUGGAACAUAAUGAAGGAAAUAAAGAAGGCCCGAAAAAAUGAGGACCUAAAGCUCCCAAAGGGUGAAAUGCUCACAGCCUAGACAUUCAUCACCUUCUCUGCAUCAGAUCCUUUGUUUUAGGCUAUUUUGGCUGUAUUUUCCUUUUUUCUAGGGCAUCCAAUCUUUUAGAUGUCUAGUUUGUUGAAUUUUUUAUAGGCCCUUGAGAUAAAUGUGUUAUUUAUAGGACUACGAAUCUAGUUUCUAUCCACACAAUUUUUUUCUGAAUAUAGAAUCAUGUGGUGACAUUUUCACUGUGAUCAAUCUUCAAUUGUCAUCUUUGAUGUGAUAAAUUUGGCCUAUGUCUGUUCAAUAUUGAUCUCAUUUUUGUGCCUCUUUGUUUAGGGAAGAGUGCUAGGUAUUGCUGAGAAGACUAACUACUUGCUAUUUAUGAUUAAUGCCUUUCAGGUAUGUGUUUAUUCAAUGAGUUUUGUGGUAGCCGAUGAAUUGUCUCUAUACUUUGUGUUUUGCCUUUUUUUUCUAUUUUUCUUAGAUCAAUUUUUAUUUUUUCAUACUGCAAAGUUGCAGGCUAAUAUUUUUAUAGCUCAAUCACUUUCAGCUCAUGUAGACUAUAUACUAGAAUCUUCUCUCAUAUUUAUCGGUGGAAUUCAUGUGCAUUUUGUCUGUCAUCUGAUUUUUAGGGUAAUGAAGUGCUUAUUUGAUUAGCUUUUUCUUUUCACUGUUGGUUCAUAAUGAUCCCUUGGAAACUUGGUUAGUGAUACAAAAUCCCCUGUGGCAGUGAUCUGUUGGGUUCAUAAAUGCUGUUCCUGUAUUCAACCAUCUCUGGUUUUAUUAGAGAAUGAUCUGACAUCUUUUUCCUUAUUUCUUUCAGAAGGAAUUGAAUUGCAAUAAAUUUUUAUUUCAUAACUUGAAAACUAAGGAUAAAAUCUAUCUGCAAACAGAAUCUUUUACUCGAAGACAACUAUCCUACAUAAUACAUUUGCAGAGAAAAUCUUUAUGCUUAUAGGAUUUUGAUUUCCCCUCCUUUUCAUAUAUACAUUUUCUUUACACUAGAAAUGAGUUGCUCACAUUGCUCUAAUAACAAACCAGAGGAUAUUGUUCAAAACCUGUUACUUUUUUUCUUCAAAGUCACCACGUGAGCUUUAGUUGAUGAAGUUUUAAGGUGAUAGUAUCAAAGGGUGUUGGUUGAUGGCAUGGGAUGUUGAUGACCAUGAAGUUACAGGGAAAAAAGAGGUCAUCUUUUGGUAUUGUAUCGUCAUGAACUACACAGUUGGUUUUGUUUGGAGGAAAUGUUUCUUGUCAAUUUUUCUCUUAGUUGCUGACGAUAGAAGUUGGAUGAAUGCUGUGAGGAAUGGGUUAGUGAUUAAUCUUAUUAAUCAUAAUUUUUUGUCCCUUGUUUUCUUGGUUUUUAUUUUUAUAAAAAGUGAAAAUGUGUAAGGUUACAUUGAAGAAGCUUCAGAGAUCUAUUUAAAAAAUCAGGCCAAUGUUAUUUCAGUUAGAACCAUUACGACUCUACUGUGGGAACGGUGAUUCCUGCUGGUCAAUUUUGUGCUGUGUACUCAUUUAUUUUAAAUUACUUUUUUCUAAUGUGGAGCGCCUGUUUGCCAGACCUAGUUGCCAUGAAAUUUAUCACCUUAGGUUUCCUCCACAUUGCACUUCUGAAGAUUUAGUUACUUUUUCUUGCCAAAUGGCCUAAUAUAUCGUUGCAAAUAGCCAUAACAGUAUCUUUUUUCCGCUUCCAUUAAACCUAUUUUUUCUUGUUCAUUCUUAUCUCGCUUUACUUGUCCUAAACCUGCAUUUGGAAAUGGAUGGGUUGUCACAUUACUGAUUUCUCAUAGCAUUCUACAGAUAAAAGUUGCCUGAGGUUGAUGGGUUUCUCAUACACAUUACUGAUUUCUUGUUCAUUAAUUGUUUUCAUCCUUUGCUUAUCUCUGUAGAGUCUCGAAGAUGAAAUUGUCAGUGAGACAGUUCUUAGAUUAGUUAGCCUUCAGUUAUGGCACAGUUUGUCUCAUGGCCGAUUCAAGGUAUGUUUUUUCAUGGCUUUGAAAUAGUUGUCUAACUUUUUAAUCUCUGAGACCUUUUUUAUCUGGUGCAAUCCAAUAGAUGGAGUUAUGUCUUAAUCCCCAUCUGAUUAAGAAGUGGAGAAAAAUGAUUAAGAGAGAACUGAAGGAGUCUAAGAAAGCAGGGAAACCAUUUAAUUCUUCCAGUGCGCUCGAAGUGACAUUCUUGAGGAACCUCAUUGAGGAAUUUCUGGUGGUACGUUUGAAACAACCAUACCGACUCUUUCGGCUUCUCAGUUUCUUAUCAGUAUCUUAAUUGGCUGUUGCUAGUUUUUUUUCGCUUUUUGAUGGGGGAUCAUAUUCCAGAUACUAGAUUCGAAGGUUAUACCACAAAAGGAUGUCAAAGACCACUUCAACUCAUUUGGGUUUGAGCAAGUUGAUGAGGGCUGUGUUUUGUACUGUGAAAGAUUUAUGGAAUUCUUGAUUGAUCUGUUGAGUCAGCUCCCCACAAGGAGGUACGAGUGACAAUUUUCUCCUUUUUUUGCUAGACAUUGCCAAUUUAGUUUUGUUUAUGAUAUGGUGUUGUGAAAUUUGACUAGCUUUGAUCCUAUGACUCUUCUGUGGUCUCUGGAUUUGUUGAUUGGUUAGCAUAUAUUUACAGUCUAGGAUUAGGGUUGUUUCCAUUAAUGGGUACAUCCUUUAUUACUGGGGCCGCUACAUGUUCUUCACCUUAGUACAUAAUCAUCGUUUAUCAGUACUCAUUUAGCAGUUGCCUGUAUUUCUUAAUCUAUAUUCUCCUCUGGCACUCUCUGACAGACUAAACUAUGGCGUUUACUAAGAUGCAUGAGCAUGGACGAAGCAAAUACAAGAUGCUCAUUUGUGGGCCUUAAAAUUUAUUUUUGUAUAGACGCGUUCUAUAAUCAUGACAUUCAGAUGAUUUGUGCAGCAAUUAAGUUUGAUCGAUUGUAGUCAUGAGUUGUGACCAUAGUAGAUGCCGCUACAUUGUAAAUUAGCUGAGCUGACAAAGAAGAACGAGCAAGAUUGUAUUAGCAGUCUGACCUAAAUAUUGACAAUAUUUCACCUCAGGAACUUUCUUUUGCAUGGUCUUUUUGGAUUUUUCUAUGAUUAUUAAAUGCUAAGUAAGUCAUAGGGGCGGAUUUAAAAAAAGGAUCUCUGGAAGGGGAUCUUUGUCUGGAUGGAUGAAAGGUGGGGGAAAUUUUAAGUUCGGAUGGUUCGUGUAGGUGGACUUUUUUUCUUGACCUAAAUCUUCUCUGCACAUGGACAUUCAGUAAAUGUGGAUGAAGUAUUCUUGAUCAAUUGUUUUUGGAAUAUGUAUUGAUUUUUCUUUGUUGAGUGCUUUUUACUUCAAUUUUUUUUGUGUUGUGCAGUUCUGUUCACUAAACGUGAUUGGAUUUACAUUGCUAUAUCUUAUCUGGGAUUAUGCUUGUUUACAAUUAGUUUCACUAGUGUUUUGUAAUUCUUAUUGACGAGAGUCAUUUUGUUAGUUCCGUAGUUAUUGACACGAUUUUCAUUUAAAUAGGUUUCUGAGGCCUGUUGUUGCUGAUGUUGCUGUUGUUCCAAAAUGUCACUUGAGUGUUCUGUAUUCCCAUGAAAGAGGGAAGCUUUUUGCCCAGCUGGUAGACUUGUUACAAUUUUAUGAAGGUUUUGAAAUUGAUGACCACGUUGGCACACAGUUGAGUGACGACGAUGUAUUGCUUGGUCAUUAUUCUCGCCUGCAAGCAUUUCAGUUACUAGCCUUUAAACAAAUUCCUAAGGUAUGCAUGCAUAAGACGUCAAAUGUCUUCUUCAGGAUUCCAACUUUUGGAGUUAUUAUCUGGGACGUUUCUUGAUCGAUUUAACACAUUAGAACAAAUGGUCUGUAUUUUCUGGUUAAACUGUCUCUUGGUUGUCAAUAAUCAAUUCUUAUUUUUUGUUAUUGUAGUUAAAAGAACUUGCACUAGCGAACAUUGGCGUGAUCCAUAAACGUUCUGAUCUCUCCAAGAAAUUGUCCAUACUGUCUUCAGAAGAGCUACAGGACCUGGUUUGCAGAAAGGUCUGUAACAUUAUGAUUCUUUUUCUUUGAUACUGUGGAAACAUAUAAUUAAUACUUUCUCUAGUAAAAUGCCUGUAUUGUAUAUAUUGCAUCUGCAAUUGGUUGUGGAGAAAUACUGAGGCGUGUAAACUUGAAUGAUGUUAAAUUUUCGAUGUGCAAUCUACAGUCUUUUUGUUGUGGUUUCUUUUUCUAUCCUGGAUUAUCUAUCAUUUCCUUUUCAUUCCUGUUAAGCUAUUAGGUAUAUUAACUAAUUUGAUCGUUUUUGCAUAUGUAAUCGAAUAUUUUCUUUUCUAAGAAUGUUAUGAAAUCUUACUUAGAUUAAGUUAUUUCAUUACCUUCUUCCAUGUUCUUUUGUACGAGAUAAUCUUUGUAGAAAUGCGGAAAUCGGUGGUUUUUGUUUUUGGAAUGAAAUUUAAUAUACUUAAAGGAUCGGCUGAUAUUUCAUAGUGAAAUAAAUUUUGUUUGAAUCCUCUCUUCAAUCGUGAAAUGCUUGUGUUACAGCUCAAACUGGUGUCUGCUGAGGACUCCUGGGCGAUGAGGACUGAUUUCCUUGUUGAAGUUAUGGUGUCCUUCUUUGGGAAACGUCAGUCCCAGAAAGAAGCAAUAAAUGCUCUACCUCUCUACCCAAAUGAGCAGAUAAUGUGGGAUGAAAGUCUUGUGCCCAGUAUCAAUUAUUCAGGGGAAGGCUGCCUCGCACUUCCUAAGCUUAAUCUACAGUUCUUGACACUUCAUGACUAUUUGUUAAGAAAUUUCAAUCUUUUCCGACUGGAAUCGACAUAUGAGAUCCGUGAAGACAUACAGGAAGCUAUCCCCCACCUUCUCGCAUAUGUUAAUAAUGAGGGAGAGACUGCUUUUCGAGGUUGGUCUAGAAUGGCUGUGCCAAUAAAAGUGUUUAGAAUAACUGAGGUGAAACAGCCAAAUAUUGGAGAAGUCAAGCCGGCAUCUGUAACUGCAAAUGUUACAUUUAACAUUUCCAGUUACAGGGCUCAUAUUCGAUCUGAAUGGGAUUCCCUCAAAGAGCAUGAUGUCUUAUUUUUACUGUCAAUUAGACCUUCGUUUGAACCUCUUAGUGCAGAGGAAGCUGCUAAGUCCACUGUGGCAGAGAGGCUUGGCCUUCAAUAUGUACGUGGAUGUGAGGUCAUUGAAAUUCGGGACGAGGAAGGAGGACUGAUGAAUGAUUUCACCGGAAGAAUCAAAAGGGAUGAAUGGAAGCCACCUAAAGGAGAUCUUCGAACUGUUACAGUCGCACUGGAUACUGCACAAUACCAUAUGGAUGUCAGCAGUAUUGCAGAGAAGGGUACUGAGGAUGUUUAUGGAACAUUUAACAUCUUAAUGAGAAGAAAACCGAAGGAGAACAACUUUAAAGCAAUUCUUGACUCCAUAAGGGAUCUCAUGAAUGAAUACUGUAUUGUUCCUGACUGGUUACAUAAUAUAUUCCUUGGCUAUGGGAAUCCUUCUGCUGCACAGUGGAUCAACAUGCCUGAUCUUUUGGAUGUUGUGGACUUCAAAGACACAUUUGUCGAUGCACAACAUUUGAUUGAUAGUUUUCCAGAAUAUGAGGUACAAAUCAUUAUCCUUUUGCCUUUAUGUUUAACUACUCAUUACCUGACAUUCAUACUUAUCAAUGUGAUCCUCAGCAAAUUUUGACGGCCGUACUUUCUUCAGGUUUGUUUUGUAAAUUCACAUGGUGCAGAAGAAUUGCAUCCAAAGCCACCUUUUAAGAUAAACCUUCCUAAAGCUCUGAAAGCUAGCUCUCAUGCACUUUCAGAUAAUAUGAAGUCUGGAAAUCGUGUAUCCAGUAAUAAUGAGAAUAACUCUGAGCAGGAAAAGAUUGUCGUUGAGACAUACAUUCCGGCUGAUCCAGGCCCUUAUCCCCAAGAUCAGCCCAAGCAGAACUCAGUUAGAUUUACUCCUACUCAGGUACCUAGCAUCUUCUGUUGAUAGCAAUGUAUAGACGCCAUUUUAUCAUUUUUUUCAUUCGAGUGAGUAUAGCAAUGCUACAUUUGCCUCAUAAAUGUUGAAGAUAUAUAUGUUGAUAUCCUUCGUUCUGUGUACUAAAAAAAUUAUCUAUAAUUCGUCAUUUACCAUCAAAUUUAGAGGCAACAAGAAAAUCCUCGUAUGGAUGAAAGCCUUAAACCUCAAUUUACGGUAAAUAAUUAGUGCAAUGCCACUUUAAUUAUAAAUGUAUGACAGGUGGAAGCCGGACUUCCGAGAAAACAACAGCGAAGCCUGCUACAAUGUAUGGCUUUUCAUAUUUUCUUGGAUUCUAUCUGUAUCAUAGGCAAUUAUAAUAGCAGUACGGAUGAUGUGUUGGUCAAUAUCCCUUCUAAGAGGUGAUGCUAUGGUUAUACUCGGUGUCUAUGCCAUUUUGCUGUUUUUAAAUGAGUUCUUAGAAUUAUUUUACGAAUGGGAUGCAUAUGGAAUUUCCAGAAGAAUUACUUUAAAAGAUGCUUUUCUAGUUCUAGAAUGCUGUUCGUUGGUACUUUUAUUAGACUAAGUUUUGACUGAUGAUUUAAGUUAGUUGGCUGAUAAUUUUAGUUAAAUAUGUAUGUUGGGUGCAAAUGGAAUUGAUGGUGUAUAAAGCAUCACAUAAGUAAUGUUCACGAUGGCAUUUUUGCCGAUUUAUAACUCCCAGUGAACUAUUGAUGUAGUCAACAUCUCAAAUUCAUAUUAGAUUAUCAUGGUCGUCAAUCACCACUUUUAAGUUCGAUGAUGUAUUUUUUUUUCCGUUGUAGGUUGGAGCAAUUAUUUCUGGUGUUCAACCAGGGUUGACAAUGGUUGUUGGUCCACCUGGUACGGGAAAGACUGAUACAGCUGUCCAAAUAUUGAAUGUUCUCUAUCAUAAUUGUCCAUCUCAGAGAACAUUAAUCAUCACGCAUUCCAAUCAGGCGCUGAAUGAUCUUUUUGAGAAAAUCAUGCAGGUAUAACCGUACUAUUUCUUUAUUGUACUGGCGCUGUAAGGAAUCACAUUUGUGCUGUCACAGAAAUAUUAAGUGACUAAGAUGCUUACUUGCAUGUGAUAACAGUACUUGCCAUUUGUCUUCGUUGCAUGCUCCCUUCGUUUUUCUCACUUUCUCUGGGUUUUUUUUUUGGGACAUGGAAUAGUACGGAGGGUCAUUAAUCUUUGUAAUUUCUCAGCAAGGAUGUAGAUACUGUGACAUUUAUGUAAGUACGCAAGAAAAUGUUCAUGAAGCUAAAAAAAAAUUAAUUUUUUAUGAGGCACUGGAAUAAAGGUUUCAACAUUAUUACGCAUUUUGGAUACAUCUCUGAAUCACUGGGCUUCCUUUUUCUCUAUGUUUGUUUUUAUUGUCGGCUACAUCUUGUUCCUCCAGCAUUCUGGUCACAGUUUAAGAAGAAAGUGUCUGCUUUUAUUUUCUGUGGGAAUAAGUAUCCAUCUUUAUCACAGAGGUUUUCCUGAAAUUAAGUUUUUAGGGAUAUUAAAAGCAUUUUACAUAUAGAGAAAUCUGCUAUUUUUUACAUAUUAUUUUCCUUUUACACAUUUUAGAGAAAUCUGCUCUUCAAAAUUAAAAGCAGAGUUUGAAUUUAACAAUGCAAGCAACAAUUUUCUUGAUCUUUUAUGCACCAAAGUCUGUAAGGGAAUAUUCCAAGAUAUGUAAAUAGAUUCGGAUUCGGAGGACAUGAAUCAUCUGUGAACUAGCUGUUUUUUUCUUUUUAAUACCAGAUGAAAAAGUCAACUGUGUGUCUGUUACUUUGCUUUCUCAUUUUUGCUUCAGAGGUUGGACUUUUCUCUUUGAGUAUGUACACAUUAUUUCCUCCAUGCCUUUUAAUGCUAAUAUCCAUUCCAUCAUGACAGAGAGAUGUCCCUGCUCGGUAUCUACUCCGUCUGGGACAGGGUGAACAGGAGCUGGCCACUGAUCUUGACUUCAGCCGCCAAGGUCGUGUGAACGCGAUGCUUGUUCGUCGACUUGAGCUUCUUGCUGAAGUGGAAAGGCUCGCACAAUCACUCGGUCUUCCAGAAGACGUGGGCUAUACUUGUGAAUCUGCUGGAUACUUCUGGUUGAUGCACGUGUACUCCAGGUGGGAGCAAUUCCUUGCCGCAUGUGCAACAAAUCAAGAUAACCCCACAUUUGUCAGAGAUAGAUUUCCAUUUAAGGAGUUCUUCACCAAUGCUCCCCGACCAGUUCUCACGGGUCAAUCUUUUGAGAGAGACAUGAGGGCGGCAAAGGGCUGCUUCCGCCAUCUUACGACAAUGUUCCAGGAACUGCAGGAGUGCCGGGCUUUUGAGUUGCUCAAAUCAACAGCCGACCGGGCGAAUUAUCUGAUGACCAAGCAGGCGAAGAUCGUGGCCAUGACCUGCACCCACGCGGCACUUAAGAGGAAGGAUUUCCUCCAGCUGGGCUUCAAGUACGAUAACCUACUUAUGGAAGAAAGUGCUCAGAUUUUGGAGAUCGAGACGUUCAUACCGAUGCUUCUCCAAAGGCAGGAAGACGGCUACGCACGGCUGAAACGCUGCAUAUUGAUAGGUGAUCACCACCAGCUGCCUCCGGUUGUCAAGAACAUGGCUUUCCAGAAGUAUAGCCACAUGGAUCAGAGUCUUUUCACCAGAUUUGUUCGCCUGGGAGUGCCCUACAUCGAGCUGAAUGCACAGGGUAGAGCUAGGCCCAGCAUAGCUAAGCUCUACAACUGGAGAUACAGAGAUCUUGGGGACCUUCCUUUUGUACGGGAGGAGGCUAUGUUUCAUAGGGCUAAUUCUGGCUUUAGCUAUGAGUAUCAGCUGAUUGACGUUCCUGACUACCACGGGAGAGGUGAGUCGGCGCCUUCGCCUUGGUUCUAUCAGAAUGAAGGCGAAGCCGAGUACAUCGUCAGUGUGUACAUGUACAUGCGUCUACUUGGAUACCCGGCCAAUAGGAUUUCCAUAUUGACCACUUACAAUGGGCAGAAGCUUUUGAUCCGUGAUGUUGUAAAUAGAAGAUGCAUGUCGAAUGGCAUCGGCCCUCCCAGCAAGGUCUUAAAUUCACGACCCUUUUCUCUCUCAUCUUCACCAAAUGCUUGGUUUCGUUGACCCACCCAUCAUGUUUUAAUUAUUUCAUUAUUUAUAUUAUAUUAUUAAUGCACACACCCAGCCACACACCCAUCAUGAUAUACAUAUGUUUGACCAAAAACAUUCCAUAUAUUCAUUUAAAUGCUACAUAUGGACCUUAGUUCAUAUCUUUUGUCUUAAUCCACCAUGGUUCUGUUCACUUUAUUGCUAUGACGUUUAAUAUAAUAUAUUAAUGUAUCAUGGACCCUCAUAGCAAGGUCUUUAAUUUCAUCUUGACCAAACAACCAUACACAUUCUCAUGGACCCAUCGUGGUUCUGCUUUAAUCUAAGUCCAAUGCGUUCGGAAUCUGUUCUGGAUAGCCUGCUGAGUUUGACUUUUUGCAUGGCAGGUUGCCACGGUGGAUAAGUUUCAAGGACAGCAGAAUGAUUUCAUUCUGCUAUCGCUUGUGCGGACCCGCUUUGUGGGCCAUCUCCGAGAUGUGAGGAGGCUGGUUGUCGCCAUGUCGCGCGCACGGCUCGGGCUCUAUGUCUUCUGCCGCCGUUCCCUCUUUGAGCAGUGCUACGAACUGCAGUCCACAUUUCAGCUGCUGCUCCAGAGGCCAGAUUCUCUGGUCCUGAACCUCCAGGAAAGCUCUCCUUUUACUGAACGUCUCGUUGGGGACACUGGCACUGGGCAUUUUGUCAGCGGCAUUCAAGAGAUGGAAGAAAUUGUCAACUUCAAGAUGCACCAGCUAUAUCAGGUAACUAUGUUCUUCAAUCGUUGCAGGGUGGAUAGAACUUGAUCAUGAUUCGCAAAGUCCCUAGAUUAUUAUUUUUCAGUUACUGAUCCACGAGUCCCCAUCUUCUCUCUCAUCUAGGAGAUAUGUUCUACAUAUCUCCUAAGUUUUGCCGUCUAUAUCAGGCAACUAUGUUCUUCAAUUGUUGCAGGGUGUGUAGAGCUUGAUUGUGAUCCAUGAGUCCCCAUAUUUUCUCAUUUAGGAGAUAUUUUCUUCAUAUCUCCUAAGUUUUCUCAUUAUUAUUUUCUCUGAACAUCUUCUGAUUAUUCGCGAAUAUCUGACUAUUCUUAUUAUAGGCAGAACUGAUUUAACCCCCUUGAGUCUCUGGUCAACGAGGCCCUAAAAAGCUUGUUAUUAUUAUAGGCACAGCUCAUGAGCCAUCACCAGCAGACCACAGCAUACGCGGAGGAGUCAACGAGACCAGAAGAUGGAGAUGACACCCACAUGGUCAACGAGGAGGAAGAUCAGGAACCUCGUUCUCCUGGGAUCUCGCAGGAUUCAACCAUGGCCGCCGCCAACGGGGAAGCCGAGGGGGACACGACGGAUGACAAGGGCUUGGGAGAUGAACUCAAGGUGGAGUGA